ACCUCCCUUGGAAAAAAACUAGUAAGAGAGCUUGAUUUUAUCCUUCUUUCUUGUUCAAUCACAAGAUUUGGGGCUUAGAACUCUCUCUCUCUCAACCCAGAAUUUCCAGAUCUGCUCUGCUCUUCCACCCCUCUGCCACCGGUUGCUGCUGGGUGUGAGUCUCGGUUUUUCCUGUUUCCCCUAAAUUUUCUGCACUUCCGCCGGCCUUCCCCCAAACUGCAGCUCCGACCUUGUUUGCUGAAUUCUGGUGCUGUUAUGGCUUAGAGUACUUGGAUCGAGUCUUCGGUUUUAUGCGAGUGAGAUAAGUAAAUUUAUGCAAAAUUUUCAAAAGUUGAGGGACUUAAAAAAAAGAAAAUUAGGAUAAGGAUCAGCUGCUUUCGUUUUUCUCUUCUCUUUCUUUCUUUUCUUCCUCAAUCCUCAUCAGACCCGUGACCUGCUGUUCUUCCUUUCCCCCGACAAGCCCCCCAAGCUGUCGAUAGUUCCCCUUUGAGAAAAAAAUUGGUGGCAAAGCUUGAAUUUCUCCUUCUUUCUUGUUCAAUCACAAGAUGUGGAGCUUAGAAACCUCCCCCCGCUUGCAGAGAAAUUUUUGGAUCUGCUCUGCUCUUCCUCCCCUGUCCACCGGUGCUGCUAGGCACGAAAUUCUUGGCUUUUUCGGCCGUGAGUUUCCCCCUGCAAAAUUUGUCAUCGGCUUCUUCCCUCCGCCAGGUCCGGUUUUGCAGGUGCUGGGAAAUUCUGGAAAAUCCCGUGUGUGUGAGUUGUGGUUUGCCAAAGCCAUGCUCUCCUGCCCGUGAGAAAUGGGGAAAUUUUGGUAGUUUAAGCUAUGUUUUUAAGCUUGGUUUAAGUGUAAAUUAGCUUGAAUUGGAUUGUUGUGAUUUUGGAGAAAAAUCCUGUGAGAUUUAUUAUGGUUUUGCCAAUUUUUGGAAGUUGCAGUACUGUUCACGGCGUGAGCACUGUUUAAGCUACUGUUCAUAGGUACUGUUCACGCACUGAUGGCCAACAAUUAAUGGGGAUUUAAAUGUUUAGUUUGUAAUAUGAAAACAAAUUUGGAGAUGUCUGGUCAUGUGGAGAUUGAUAGAAAUAGCAUCUUGAUUAGGGGGUGAUCCUAAUGAUGUUUUCACUGUGAAUUUGUGGUAGCAUGAUAUUAAUUUUGGGGUAUUUUGAUUAGGUUCUUGAGUGUUCUAUUAUCCGAGUACUUGGCUUGAGUUCCCGGUAUUACGGAUUUGAGUGGGAGUUUGUAAACGUUGGCACAUUUCGACAUGUUUACUGAUAUGAUCGGUUCAUUCUGUAAUCUUGCCAAUGGGAUAAUACAUUGGUAAUUAUUGACGCCUGCCAGUGGGAGUUUAUUAAACACUGGUACCAUUACUGACGCCUGUCAGUGGGAGUUUGUUAAAUACUGGUACUUCUGUAAUCCUGCCAAUGGGGUUAAACAUUGGUAAUUACUGACGUCUGCUAGUGGGAGUUUGUUAAACACUGGUACUAUUACUGACGCCUGUCAGUGGGAGUUGUUAAACACUGGCUAUGACUAAUAGAUGAGACUACUGAAGUGAAACCAAGGAUGGGGAAACCAAGGGGAGUGACGAGGUAGAAGGCUAGCCAUUCUAAUUGGAUAUAAGUUUUAGAUUUUAUUAUCCUUUUGUAAGUAGAUUUUAUUCUUGAGAUUUUGUGAUUUGAAUAAGUUUCGAACCUUGUGUACUUGUGGGACCCGUUUCACAAGUGUACGAUGUCUGCCACAUCCUUGGAUUUGGGUUCUGAGGCGUGACACUGUUUUUCGUGAUUAUACUUGUUGGCUUGUUAUAAGUUUAAUAAGGGGCACUUCAUAUUUUACUUACUGAGUUUAUCUCAUAGUUUUUCCUUGUCCACCAUUUUAAGAAGCGAAAUCGAGAACGGGGAAACCAUGGGAAGUGACGAGUUAGAAGGCUAGCCAUUUCGAGAUUGAUAUAGAUUUUAGAAAUAAAUCAUGCUUUUGUAAGAUAGAUUUUACCUUGAAUUUAUGAGAUCAAAACAGAUUUCGGUCAUUAGAUCAAUUACUUGGAUUUAAGUCAUUUUGGAUAUAGAAAUAAAUUGAGAUGUUUGAUUUAAGUUAUGGAGUGGGGUUUUCGAUGUGGACUCUCCUAUUGUUUUUGGGGUGUAUUUUCCACUUUUUUUGUGUAUUUUCAUAUAAUUUUGUGUUAUGUUUUUGUAUAUUGUGUGUCACUAUGUGAUAUAAAAUUUUGUGGGGGGGAAGGGGAAAGAAAUUUUAUCUUCUUAUUUUGUGUGUCAGUGUAUUUUUUUUUGUCUUUUUUUUUGUCAAUAUGUUUUUUUGUGUCUUUUUGUCUCUCAAUGUGUUUUUGUCUCUCUUUUUUUUUCUCAAUAUUAUUUUUUGUGUCUUUUUCGCAUAUUGUUUUUUUAUUCU